AUGUAUGAUGCAAAUAUGCCCGUUUUGCGAUGCCCGCAAUGUAAUAAGCCCUUCGAUAAGCGUGAGUUGCAUUUCGGCAAUGAUGAACGCUCCGAAUCUUGUGUGUCUUGUGUGAAAGCCAAGGCUCGCUGUGAUCAUAGGCGCCCGGAAUGUUCGAGAGUUCAGUCAGACAAUAUCAUAUCGAAUGCAACGGAGUCUUCUGGUGUAGACAAUCUUUUACAAGCAAAUCCGACUAUCGAUGCAGAUUCGAUUCUCGACGACGCAUUUGUCAUGCCGGACACGGAAAUCGCAAAUAUCGAAGAGCUGGAUUUCCUGAACCCUAGCAUCAACUUUGUCGACUUAUUGUCCUUUUCGCAUAUGAGGAAUGACAAGAUUGAUCCAUUCAACUCAAUAAUGGCCUCUCCACCACUCGCUCAACAAUCCUCGACUUAUCCAAGUAACCAACAACCAGUACACGCCAAUUUCUCGCCUCAUUUCUCAAUAUCAAUUCCAUCUUACCUCCCUAUCUACAACCCUCGAUCACUUAUUCAACGGCCAAAGAUGAAAUCCGAGGCACAAAGAAUUUCCAACCUCAUAUUUCAUACUUUAAAGUCUUAUCCCCGGAUGAUACUCCAGCCCGAGAGUCUGCCACCAUUUAUCCAUCCGGGAUUGAUGUCGGAAAGUGUUGUCGAAAGUCAAAAUUUGGAGUCAUUGCACAAUUGUAUUAGUUUGAUGCAUAUGAUGCACAGUCGGGUUCGGGGAAGUCGAAAGUUGUUUUGGAGGAAUGUGCGUAUGGAGUGUGAGCGGUUAUGUGAAGAGCAUCUUAAGAUGAAUAACUGGGAGUUACUUGCUGCUAUGCAAGCACUCGCGAUGUACCUUAUCGUCAGGUUGGAAGAAGGCGAGACGGAUUAUAAUCACGUUGAUUCUCUACUAGUUAAUGCUGUAACGCUUAUAUCCAGACAAUUCAACCGGAGAUACACUAUACACACCGCAGACUCCGUGUUAAGUGACUCUAACCGUGAAAGCAAAUGGCACGAUUGGAUACUUGAAGAGUCCGGUCGAAGAAUCUGCGUAAUUUAUCAAGUCCUCAACUUGCUGGUCUACUUCGAGCCAGCGGAUAUGUGCGACUCGCACAAAUCCGGCUUGAUAAUUACACAUUUGCCAUCUAGAAAACAACUUUGGGAAGCAAGUGAUGAGGUCGCAUGGAAGAUGGAAAUAGACAGAGACAAGACCUCUGCCUCUUGCACUGAGACUGAGGGUUUAUCCUCUACCGCUUUUGGGUUGACUGCAAAUGGUGUAUUGGUUAGACUAGAUGUGGCACAAGGGCGGAAUUAUUGCAGUGAUGAUGCAGUGGUGAUACGUAAACAGCAGUCCUUACUUGAUGGCGGAGAAUCUCGUCCCACUGCGAACUGGGAAGAUUGGUGUGCUGGGAUGGAUGGUCUGGGGGGGCUCGUGAUGCUUGCUGCUUCUUUAUUAGGAUAGUUCCUUCUAAGAACUGCAGUGUGCAAUGCAUUUCCAUAG